CGCCUUUAGCUUCCUCAAUUCCAUGUCCAACUAAACGUCCCUUUUGGGCCCCAGGUCUGCCAGGGAGAGCCAGUUCUGAGGGGCUGGCUCAGCUGCGCCCCCAGCCUACUCAGGCGAGCAGGCCCCUCCCUCUGACUCACCCAGAGCAGCCUCUACCCACUCAUCUCUGGAGGCGGGGGGCAGACCGUUGAGACUGUGGCCGGAGCAGGGCGCUAGCUCGAAGAUCCAGAAACAACAUGUACACACCCAUCCCCCAGAGUGGCUCCCCAUUCCCAGCCUCUGUGCAGAAUCCUGGCCUGCAUGUUUGGCGGGUGGAGAAGCUGAAGCCGGUAGCCGUGGCACCUGAGAACCGGGGUGUCUUCUUCUCGGGAGACUCCUACCUAGUGCUACACAAUGGCCCAGAAGAGCUCUCUCACCUGCACCUGUGGAUAGGCCAGCAAUCAUCCCGGGAUGAGCAGGGGGCCUGUGCAGUGCUGGCCGUGCACCUCAACACCUUGCUCGGGGAGCGGCCUGUGCAGCACCGCGAGGUGCAGGGCAAUGAGUCUGACCUCUUCAUGAGCUACUUCCCGCGUGGCCUCAAGUACCAGGAAGGCGGCGUGGAGUCAGCAUUCCACAAGACCUCCCCAGGGGCCACCCCAGCUGCCAUCAAGAAACUCUACCACGUGAAGGGGAAGAAGAACAUCCGAGCCACGGAGCGAGCGCUGAGCUGGGACAGCUUCAACACUGGGGACUGCUUCAUCCUGGACCUGGGUCAGACCAUCUUUGCCUGGUGUGGUGGCAAGUCCAACAUCCUGGAGCGCAACAAGGCACGGGACUUGGCCCUGGCCAUUCGGGACAGUGAGCGGCAGGGCAAGGCCCAGGUGGAGAUUGUCACUGAUGGGGAGGAGCCUGCCGAGAUGAUCCAGGUCCUGGGCCCCAAGCCACCUCUGAAGGAGGGCAACCCCGAGGAAGACCUUACGGCUGACCAGACAAACGCCCAGGCCGCGGCUCUGUAUAAGGUCUCUGAUGCCACUGGACAGAUGAACCUGACCAAGGUGGCCGACUCUAGCCCUUUUCCACUCGAGCUGCUCGUAUCUGAUGACUGCUUCGUGCUGGACAACGGGCUCUGUGGCAAGAUCUACAUCUGGAAGGGGCAAAAAGCUAACGAGAAGGAGCGGCAGGUGGCCCUCCAAGUGGCCGAGGGCUUCAUCUCCCGCAUGCAGUAUGCCCCAAACACUCAGGUGGAGAUUCUGCCCCAGGGCCGCGAGAGUCCCAUCUUCAAGCAAUUCUUCAAGAACUGGAAAUGAGAGCCCUCGUCUCCCUGCACCCCACUCUGCUGCCUGGACACCACCUGCCUGCUUUGUUCCCUCUGGCGAAUGGUCAAUGCGGACGUGAACCCUGUGGAUGUUCAAUAAAGGAAGCAAAUGCUUUCCUUGGCUCUCUGCCUGCAC